AGACACUCCUCGUUUGACGAAGAGGCUGUUAAGAACCUUGAGAAGCAGCUUGCGAAGAGGCCUGAGAAGAGUGAGCUUGUUGAGAAGAAUAUCUUGAAAGAUGACCGCGUCGCGCCUGCUCUACAGGCUGCUCGUGAACAGCUUGAGAAGUCUAAGCUUCAGGACAAACUGGGUCAGGCUCUGCAGCAUAGGCCGAAGCCGGAAGAGUUGGUCAAGGAGGGUAUCCUU